AUGCCAAACAUUCAACAGAAAAUCCAGAGCUGGAAGCUCCUCUAUUUAAACCGGGAAUCGUCGUACAGUUCCCUCCAAAAUCCUACAGAGCUGGAAGCUACGACUGGGAAGAGUUUGCUCAGUUGUGAUCGGUGCGCGAGAAGUAAUUUGAGUUGCCUGAGUGACGGGUCCACUUCAGCCAUGUCGCUGACGACGACGGCGAGCCGGCUGCCGAUCUGCACGGCGCAGGGCGGCGGCGGCGGCGUCGGCAAGGAGAAGCGGCCGUCGCUGCCUGCAAAGACCGCGACGAAAUCGUCGUCGGACGCCGCCGGACUGAGCAGGAGGCGGCUGCUGCAGUCGGCCACGGCCGGCCUCGGGCUCGGGAUCGGCUUGCCGGCGGCGAGGCAGGCUCGGGCUGAGGGGCCGGCGCUGGCGCCGGAGGAGGUGACGUCGAACAGGAUGUCGUACUCAAGGUUCCUGGAGUACCUCAACGCCGGCGCGGUCAAGAAGGUGGACUUCUUCGAGAACGGGACGGUGGCCGUCGCCGAGGUGGACGACCAGGCGUCGCUGUCGAGGGUGCACCGCGUCAAGGUGCAGCUCCCGGGGCUCCCCGCCGAGCUGGUCCGGAAGCUCCGGGAGAAGGGAGUCGACUUCGCGGCGCAUCCGGUGGAGCCCAACGGCGGGCUGAUGCUGCUGGACCUCCUCGUCAACUUCGGAUUCCCUCUCCUCUUCAUCGCCUCGCUCUUGUGGCGGUCGGCGACCAUGAACAACCCCGGCGGCGGCGGGCCUAAUCUGCCGUUCGGGCUCGGCAAGUCCAAGGCCAAGUUCCAGGUGGAGCCCAACACCGGCAUCACGUUCGACGACGUCGCCGGCGUGGACGAGGCGAAGCAGGACUUCCAGGAGAUCGUGCAGUUCUUGAGGUUCCCGGAGAAGUUCACGGCGAUCGGGGCGAGGAUCCCCAAGGGCGUGCUGCUGGUCGGGCCGCCGGGGACGGGGAAGACGCUGCUGGCGAGGGCGAUCGCCGGGGAGGCUGGUGUCCCCUUCUUCUCGCUGUCCGGCUCGGAGUUCAUCGAGAUGUUCAUCGGCGUUGGCGCGUCGCGGGUGCGCGACCUGUUCAACAAGGCCAAGGCCAACGCGCCGUGCCUCGUCUUCAUCGACGAGAUCGACGCCGUCGGGCGGCAGCGCGGCACGGGCAUCGGAGGCGGGAACGACGAGAGGGAGCAGACGCUGAACCAGCUGCUCACCGAGAUGGACGGGUUCGGCGGAGACAGCGGCGUCAUCGUGAUCGCGGCCACCAACCGGCCGGAGAUCCUCGACGCCGCGCUGCUCCGCCCGGGCCGCUUCGACCGGCAGGUGUCCGUCGCCCUCCCUGACGUGCGCGGCCGGGAGGAGAUCCUCCGGGUGCACAGCGCCAACAAGCGCCUCGACCCCGACGUGUCCCUCGGCGUGGUCGCCAUGCGCACCCCCGGGUUCAGCGGCGCCGACCUCGCCAACCUCAUGAACGAGGCCGCCAUCCUCGCCGGCCGCCGCGGCAAGGACCGCAUCACCGUCAAUGAGAUCGACGACUCCAUCGACCGCAUCGUCGCCGGCCUCGAGGGCACCAGCAUGACCGACGGCAAGAGCAAGAUGCUCGUCGCCUACCACGAGAUCGGCCACGCCGUCUGCGCGACGCUGACACCGGGGCACGACGAGGUCCAGAAGGUGACGCUGAUCCCGCGGGGGCAGGCGCGGGGGCUCACGUGGUUCCUCCCCGGCGAGGACCCGGCGCUGGUGUCGAGGCAGCAGCUCUUCGCGAGGAUCGUGGGCGGGCUCGGCGGGCGCGCCGCGGAGGAGGUGAUCUUCGGCGAGCCGGAGGUGACGACCGGCGCGGCGGGGGACCUGCAGCAGGUGACGCAGGUGGCGCGGCAGAUGGUGACGGCGUUCGGCAUGUCGGAGAUCGGGCCGUGGGCGCUCGCGGAGCCCGCGGCGCAGAGCGGCGACGUGGUGCUGCGGAUGCUGGCGAGGAACUCCAUGUCCGAGAAGCUCGCCGCCGACGUGGACAGGGCCGUGAAGGCCAUCGUCGACGAGGCCUACGAGGUGGCCAAGGCGCACGUCAGGCGGAACCGCGCCGCCAUCGACCAGCUGGUCGACGUGCUCAUGGAGAAGGAGACGCUCGGCGGCGGCGAGUUCAGGGCGAUCUUGUCGGAGCACGUUGACAUCGGCAAGGCGCAGCGGGAAACGGCAGCUCGGACAGAGCUGGCCACUGCUUGAAACUUCAUACAAUCUCACACUCCUAUUUCAGAGCAGUAGUACACUAGCCAUGGUAGUAUUUUAAAGUGUAGUGAA